UCAACAAUCAGUACAAUGAAGGUCAUCCUGCUUUUUGCACUGUUUGGUGUGAGCUUCUGUCAGGAUAGUAAAUGUACAGUAGAGCCGCUUUCUGAACCAAAUGAUGGAAACUGUUUGGCACAAGCAGUAAAGGAACUUGGAACAUUUUAUCAAGCUUUUGUUGACAUGUGCUGUGCAGCAGCAGCUAAGGGAACAAUGACCGAUGAUGACAUAAGAGCUACAGCAAAACAGUUCGUUAUAACGUUGAACUGUCUCGGCUGCCAAAUUGGUAGAUAUUUUGGUGAAGAGGAAACUUUUCAAACUCUUAUAGAUAAGAUUGGAGAUAAAGGAACCGAUAUAAUUAUCUUUUUUUUUUACUUUUGUUGUUUUAGGGAAUUUUUGGAUUAGACCAAACCAAGGCAGAACUUGUGUGCACAUUGUCCAAAUUGAUCCCUGCCAUUGCUCGGUGAAAGCCCUUACGGAUAUUAUUUCAGGGGGCAUACUAGAUCUGAAAGACCUUUUUUGUAAGUUAAAGUCUGGGAGUGCAGCUGCUGCUGCUGCUAAAGUAACAGAAAUAGCGAAAAAAGCUGGAUGUGCCGUUGAUAAGGUGGUUGGAACGGACAAAGAUCAAACACUGGAAACAUUUCUGGGAUCACUUAGCAAAGAAGUACUUCAGGAUCGGAUUGAGAAAGUACUCGAUAUUGCUGCGAAAAACGAACUGAUUGCUAAAAUUGUAUGUCCGCUGAUCGACCCAACUGGUAAUCUUCUACCAGGUCUUGGUCGUUAG